AUGAAUAGUGCUCGGUGUUUCACACACAUGCCGGGGCCGAAGCCCUUGCCUAUUCUAGGCAACUCCUGGCGUUUCGCUCUUGGCAAAAAACCAUGGCGAACAAGCGCACUAGAUAUCACGCUUUGGACAUUACGUGCGCUGGCUGGUGACGGCGGUGCAGCUAAAGUAGCAAAACUGUUCGGCCAUCCGGAUCUGGUGUUUCCUUUUUGCGCUGACGAGACUGCACAAAUAUAUAGAAAGGAAGAUGGAAUGCCUCACCGAGCAGUGGCACCGUGUCUUAAACAUUACAAACAAGAGUUGCGAAAAGAUUUUUUCGGCAAUGAACCUGGAUUAAUCGGAGUCCAUGGCGAACCAUGGUCGAAGUUCAGAUCAAAAGUGUCCAAGGAACUAGUGGCACCGGAAGCGGCUAGAGCAGCAAUACCAGUUUUGGAUGCUGUUACAAAUGACUUUAUAAAGAGGAUGGAAACUCUAGUUGAUAGUGAUCGUGAGCUUCCUGAUGAUUUUUUGACAGAGCUAUAUAAAUGGGCUUUAGAAUCAGUAGGUGCGUGGGCGUUAGGUACGCGGUUAGGGUGUUUAAACGAUGAUGACGUAGAGGCUAAGGAAAUUAUUCGAUGCAUACAUGGCUUUUUCCAUAGCGUACCAUCUUUAGAACUAUCUGCUCCAUUGUGGCGUUUAUACGCCACCACAGCCUACAAGACUUAUGUGGAAGCACUGGACACUUUCAGAGCGAUAUGUUUAAAAAGGUUGACCGACAAAGGUGUAUGUGCUACUAUAGCUAAAAAGUCAGGCACAAAAGUUGCAACAAUAUUGGCGUUAGAUUUACUACUAGUGGGCGUGGACACCACCGCUGCGGCAGCUGCAAGUACUAUGUACAUGUUGGCAACCAAUGUAAGGGCUCAAGAGAGGUUGCAAACGGAAUUAGACACAUUUCUACCAUCAAAUAGAACUCUGACAUGCAAGGAUCUGGACAAGUUGCCGUACCUCAGGGCAUGCGUAAAAGAAACCUUGCGAAUCAAACCAGUUAUAUUGGGAAAUGGACGGUGCAUCCAAACUGACGCUGUGAUAUCUGGAUACAAAGUGCCAAAGGGGUCUCACGUUGUGUUUCCUCAUUACAUUAUGUCUAAUGACGAGAAAUAUUUCCCUUCGCCACAAAAAUAUGUUCCGGAGCGGUGGUUGCGCGAUAAUGAUGUUAAACAGGAGCUGUCCUGUUGUCCAGUGUCACGCUUGGAUAAAAAAGAAGUGAUAGGGUGCAGGUACGGCGGAACACAACGUAUCUCGGAACAGACGCUCCACCGAUACAACGUGUCUUGGAACUACUGUGAACUGACGUAUAGCGUGACGCCUACCUAUGUGCCGAACGAGCCACUGAAAUUUAAAUUGGUACCAAGAAAUGAAAAUGUUAUUUAG